AUGUUCAAGCUGUAUUGGAGACCCUUCUUCCGUACAUUGAUCGUGUCUGCUAUCAUCAUUGCAGUCUUCCUCGUAUAUCGGCCACUCGCCUCUUCGUCAACUCCCAUUCCUUUUGUCAAAAGUAGUUUCGACUGGUCCACCUACACCUACCGACACCCUCUCCAGUCCGUUGCUCCUCUCCCGACAGGAAAGCCGCACCGAUUUCCUCCAGUCCACUCCAAGUUCCGGCGAGAGUCAAGAGCUGCGGCAACACAGCGAAUAUCACGCCAGCAAUCGAUACUGAAAACAUUCAAGAAAUGUUGGCAAAGCUACAAAACUCAUGCUUGGCUGAAAGAUGAACUGCAGCCUAUCUCUGCAAAGAGCAAGAAUACGUUUGGCGGAUGGGCAGCCACGUUGGUCGACUCUCUGGAUACCCUCUGGAUAAUGGGACUCGAGGAAGAAUUUUACGAAGCCGCAGAGGCGGCUGCAAGCAUUGACUGGGCAAUAACGCCAGAUACCUCAUGCAAUAUGUUUGAAGUCAAUAUCAGACAUUUAGGGGGCCUGCUAGCAGCCUACGACCUGAGUCACGAGCCCGCCCUGUUGGCAAAGGCUGUCGAGCUUGGGGAUAUGCUCUACGCCGGAUUCGAUACUCCAAGCCACAUGCCUCCGUUCUGGCUUGAUUUUGAGAAAGCAAAAGGUGGCCAACUAGCUGCGGAUGACCAUCAAAUUUCGGCUGCAGUAGGCUCGUUCACGCUUGAGUUCACUCGACUUGCUCAGAUUACUGGAAACCCUAAAUACUACGACGCCAUCGCCCGCGUGACCUCAAUACUUGUCGACCAUCAAGCGUCAACUCAACUGCCCGGUAUGUGGCCAACAUCCAUUAAUGCGCGCGACCAGACCUUCUCUGAGAAUACCUUCACCUUGGGCGCCCUUGCAGAUUCCCUCUACGAGUAUCUGCCUAAGAUGCAUUAUCUCUUAGGUGGUUUGGAGCCAGCAUAUGAGAAAGCUUAUAGGGACUCUAUGGCCACAGCGAUCGAACACUUACUGUUCAGACCAAUGCUCCCGAACAACACAGAUGUACUAGUCGCCGGCUCUACAACCGUCAUGGAUGGGAAGCCUACCCUCAAUCCAGAAGGACAACAUUUGAGCUGCUUUACAGGUGGUAUGUUCAUCCUAGGAGGAAAGCUCUUUUCGCUUCCAGAGCACGUCGACAUUGGUGCAAGAUUGAGACAGGGUUGCAUCUAUGCAUACGAUGCAUUUCCAACUGGUAUUAUGCCGGAGAUCUUCCGCAUGCGACCUUGUCCAUCGCUCGAAGUGUGCGAAUGGGACGAGGACCGCGCUUCUGAAACACUGCCAGAAGGGUUCGUUUCAAUCUCCGAUCGAUCUUAUAUUCUUCGCCCAGAGGCCCUGGAAAGUGUGUUCAUACUUUACCGUACAACCGGGAAUACAGAACUGCUAGAUGCUGCGUGGAGAAUGUUCGAGUCCAUCCGGGCUGCCACGGAAACCGAAUAUGCCAAUGCUGCCAUUGAUGAUGUGACUGUCACUGGCAAGCCAUCGCAAAGGGAUUCAAUGGAGAGCUUCUGGUUCGCAGAAACGCUAAAAUAUCUCUACCUCAUUUUCUCACCACCUCAUCUUAUCAGUCUAGACGACUACGUCCUAAACACCGAGGCACAUCCAUUAAAACGUCUAAAGUAA